CGGCGAUUCUCUUUAGCUUGCAAUACACUAGUAAGAGCUCGUAUGGAGGCCAGGCCAGAUGACGACUCGAGAUUUAUGACAAACAUUUCACUGACUAACAACCGCACCGGAAAACGCGACAAAGAGAAAGAGAGUUUCAAGGAGCUAAUGGCCCUCAACGUUGUAUCCGGUCGCCGACAGAAAGUGACUGAAGGCCUACUGACUGUACGUUUGUGACAGAGCCGGUCACACUUUUCGUCUCAAAGGUAGCGAGACAGGUUAUAUAGUAAUGGGUGAACUAUAUAAAUCUAAGCAACAUGACACGAAACUUACCUUUCAAGCUGGACGAUCCGUCCCUUCUUCAUGAGGAAUCACUAUUAAACGGUCAAUGGGUCCAGUCCCAGUCCGGAAAACGUUUUGACGUUGAAGACCCUGGCUCUCGUCAGAUCUGGGCCACCAGUCCCACAAACGAAGUCUCCGACGUUAACAAAUAUGUCGAGUCGUCACAUGCUGCCUUCCAAAGCUACCGCCACGCCAAUCCCCGCCAACGAGCCAAGAUCCUUCUCAAGUGGCAUGAGCUCAUCACAAAUGCACGACAGGAUAUCGCCAAGAUAGUUGUCUUCGAAACCGGAAAACCUAUGGCAGAAGCUGUCGGCGAGGUCGAUUAUGCCCUUGGCUUCGCUUGGUGGUUCGCUGGCGAGGCCGAGCGUGUAAGAGGUUCUAUUGCUCAGCCCGCUAUAUCUAACCGUCGAACUUUUGUUAUCAAGCAGCCGAUCGGUGUGAGUGUUGCUCUUGUCCCUUGGAACUUCCCAGUCGCUAUGAUUAUCCGCAAGGUUUCGGCCGCACUGGCCGCAGGAUGUACCAUGAUUGUCAAACCAUCCCCAGAAACACCAUUUAGUGUUAUGGCCCUGGCAGAUCUUGCCCUCCGCGCGGGUGUGCCUCCAGGAGUGCUUAAUGUUAUCUCAACUGAUAACGCCAAUACUCCAUCGGUCAGCGAGACACUCUGCAAGCAUCCGCUGGUACGCAAGGUCACGUUUACAGGUAGUACUGCUGUAGGCAGCAUUAUCGCAAGGCAUUGCAGUGAGGGAUUGAAGAAAGUCACUAUGGAGUUGGGUGGAAAUUGUCCUUUCAUCAUCUUUGAUGAUGGUGACCUUGACCAGGCAGUCGCCGCUCUUAUGAUACUCAAAUGGCGGACUGCAGGCCAAGCAUGCACCCACGCCAAUCGAGUCUAUGUCCAAGCCGGCGUUUACGAAAAGUUUGCGCAGAUGAUGCUUGAGGCCACCAGCAAGAUCCGCGUGGGACAUGGAGCUGAUUCCCGUUCCACAAUGGGACCUCUCACUACUGGCCGUGGCGUGGAUAAGGUCAAGAAACAUAUCCAAGAUGCUAUCGGUAAAGGAGGCAAGAUUCUCUGCGGCGGUAAGCAGCCAGAGAAUCUGAAUGGGUACUUUUUCGAGCCAACUAUCAUCUCGGGUAUGACCGCGAACAUGCUCACAACUCAAGAAGAAAUAUUUGGACCUAUUCUGGGUCUAUACAAGUUCGAAACCGAAGAGGAGGUUAUCCAGAAGGCAAAUGAAACGUCAAUGGGAUUAGCAUCUUACUUCUUCACUGAAGACGUCUCCCGAACCUGGAGGCUUUUGGAAAGCUUAGAGGCUGGAAUGAUCGGGAUGAAUACUGGUAACGCCUCUUGUGCCGAGUCUCCAUUUGGUGGAAUCAAGAUGUCGGGCUACGGCAAAGAAGCAGGCAAGGACGUGGCUAUUGAGGAAUACCUUAUCCAGAAAACAGGGACUUUGACUGUUGAGGGCAUGCCCAAGUUGUGAGCUGAAAGCUAUGUAGUUAUUAUAACCUCAUUGGUGAGCAUGAGAGGCGACGUUGGGCUAGAAUGGAGUGACGAGUUAUUUUGCGUUUAUUAUAAGUGCUGCAAACAAGUUCGUGCCAAGCUUUUGUAUCUUCUUUCUUCUGGGAGUCGAUUUCCAGCCAAGAUGGACUUCUGAACUGGAAUAUCUUGC